GUUCAGUCUAUAUUAUUGUUUGGUUUGUUCUUAUGGUUUAGUUGUCUAUUAUAUCGUUACUGUAUAAAUGAAUUCAUUUUCCAGUUUUUUAUUUGUUUUAUGGUUUUUAUGUACCAUAUACAUAUUAUACCUGGCGUGCGUAAUAGGGUGAAAAAGGGGGUUGCAAUCUAAAAAAAAUACUACUGUAACUCAACCACAACGUUGUUCCCGUCCUACGUCUGGAAACUCGACAGUUAUUAUCUCAUAUCAUAUCUUAACGUUUCUAGUCAUUUGCAGAAUUUGUUAUUGAUUGGAGAUCUUUGGUUGUCUAUGCUAAACUUUUUUCGCAACUUUCUUUCCGAAUCGGAGUGAUUUAGGCAUAUUAUCUAGACAUAUGAAUAUUUUUUAAGACUGUAUGUUGACAUCUAGACUAAACGUAUACACCACAUCUUAUUUCUAUUCAUAUGCAUUUUUAAACUGAUCGACAGCUUAAUUACUCUGUAAGCUAAGAAUUUUAUUUCACAGAUUCUGUUAUUAAGACGCCGAUACUUUUAGACAACAUACAUCUGUACAGAAACGUGUUGAUUGCUUGUUAACUUUGUGAUUCUAAUUUAGCAGUUCAUUUGCACUCUGAAACUCAUGCAUUAACUCUAAAUAUAUGCACAAAAUACAGUAAAACGUGUGGACAUUCAAUGAUCCCAUCUACUUGAAGUAGGUACAUAUAUAUGAGUGUCUCCAAGCCCAGGACAUCCGAGAUUGUCUGACGUUUGUCCGAAUAGCAAAAGAAUGAAUCAGAAUAAUAUACAGGAACAUCCAUACAGCAAGAGCAAUUUAAACUUAUGAAGGGAUCGAAUACACACUUCCUGCUUUGGGGUGACUAAAGUGUUUUACUUCAUAUAAUGCUGUGUUUCCUUUUCCCGAGUAUUAUUCAUAAUACUUAAGUCAGUGGAGUGUAUCAAUUAUAAUAUCGUGUUUACAGAUUUGUUGGAUAAUUAUUUAUAUUUGUAACUUGUCUUUUUAUUUGACAGUGAGGAUGAAUAAACCUUAGCAAGCAAUAUGAAUUUUGAUAUGAAUAGUUCUUUGGAAAUUAAUUCAACUAUAACUGCGGAUGAGGAAGGAACAUGUCGGAUCUCAAACUGGUUGAUAGUUAAGGCAGAGAACGAUAAGCAGCCAUUAAUUUCCGUGAUUUGUGCCAUAGCUGUUCUGUUACUAACUGGAAUGAUUGGAAAUGGAUUAGUGAUAUAUGUGUACUCUCGGAAGCCAAAAACUACAACAAAUCGUAUUUUUAUUUUAGCUCUAGCAAUUCUUGAUUUUUUAAGUUGUACAGUAGUAAUACCAUUUGAGAUCUAUGAUUUGGGACACACGUUUACAUUCACACGGACGAUUUUAUGUAAACUUGCUCGAUUCAGUGAAUUUAUGUUAAUAUUAGGAGCCGGAUUUACAUUAGUUGCGAUUUCAAUAGACCGAUAUGUACAUUUAUGUCGUUAUAAAUCUCGUUUGCUUCUAACGGCUAGUCGUGCCAAGAAAGUGUGUGGAUUCUGCGUGUUUCUUGGUUUACUCUUUGCCGUACCCCUAGUGAAGUUUGCUGGACUUGAAAAGAUACCGUUGAAUGUUAAUAACACAAACGUGACAGCAUGUGGUUGUACAACAUUUGAAAACCCGAAUGCAAAAAGCGGGAAAAUUUACACUUACUUGCUGAUGACUACUUUUCUAUCAGCUCUUAUAACAAUGUUAGUUUCCUAUUGUUUUAUUGGUGCGACCUUAUACGGACGGCGUCAAGGAAAAACAAGGAAUGGUUUAACAUUUAUAACUAAUACCGAAGAAACAAAACGUCUACAUAAAACUAAAGCGUUCCCGGAAAUGAGGAAAAAGGAAAGUUUUGCCAUUGGGAAGUCAGCAUUUAGUUUAAAUGGAUCAACCUUUGUUUUUUUAACAGUUACUGUUGUGUUUGUGUUGGGAUUUGUACCACAUUUAGGUGUACGUGUCCUCCGUUUUCUCCACCUUGCUUUCAAUGAAGAUACCUCAAUGGAUUUGUUGUAUAAUUUCUUAGUCCGAUCAUAUUUGAUUAACAGUGUCUCUAAUCCGUUUAUAUAUAGUAUUAUACACAAGCGGUUUAGGGAUGAAUUGUUAAAAACUGUGAAAUCUAUUAUUUGUUGUAAAAAGAAAUCUCCUUUAUCAAGAUCACAAAGGUCAAGGACUAAUUCGACUAAUAAUGAAACUUCAUUCACAUAAUAAUGGCCCAUAUUUAUAUUGAUUCAUAAAUACUUAAAUAAAUUUUUAUUCAAACAUA